UUUUGGAUCAGUGACAGUGUGUCAAUGGCCGCAGAUGCAUCGCAAAGGACAGCUCUAAGGUACCAGCACACCCUGCUAUAUGGAGAGUACCGGGAACACCUCGGAACGUCUGCACGAAGGGAAGCUGCUCGACUGCUGACAGAAAAAGAAUGGAAGAAACACGCGGAUAAGUCCGCCCCCACACGGCGAGCUCAUGACCCACACCAUCCUGCUGCCCUGGAAACUGGAGCCCCUCCCCCAGAACAAGCCCACAAUGCUCCGUCAAAGAAGCCCCAUCCUUUCUCUAAAUGUCAAGAUUGUGUGGCACGGGUACAGAGGUACAUUGUGACAAAGCUGGGAGAGGACUGGAUCUUCCUAGUGUUGCUGGGUAUCACCAUGGCACUGGUGAGCUGGACUAUGGACUAUGCCAGCGCCAAGUCUCUCCAAGCGUAUAAGUGGAUGCACAACCACCUACAGGGCAAUGUUCCCCUGCAGUACCUGGCCUGGGUCGCCUAUCCCAUGAUGCUCAUCUUGUUUUCCUCCCUUUUCUGCCAGCUGGUCGCCCCGCAGGCUAUCGGAUCUGGAAUACCAGAACUGAAGACCAUCCUUAGAGGGGUGGUACUGAAGGAAUAUUUGACUCUCAGAGCCUUUGUGGCCAAGGUCAUUGGCCUGACUGCUGGACUCGGCAGUGGGAUACCCGUGGGGAAAGAGGGCCCGUUUGUACACAUUGCCAGUAUCUGUGCAGCAGUGCUCAGCAAAUUCAUGUCCUUCUUCUCUGGUGUCUACCAGAACCCUUAUUGCUACACAGACAUCCUUACAGUGGGCUGUGCGGUCGGGGUGGGCUGCUGCUUUGGCACUCCUCUUGGAGGAGUGUUAUUCAGUAUUGAAGUUACAUCCACUUACUUUGCUGUAAGGAAUUAUUGGAGGGGAUAUUUUGCAGCCACUUUCAGUGCAUUCAUAUUCCGAGUGCUGUCAGUGUGGAAUAAAGAUGCAGUUACCAUCACUGCUCUUUUCCGCACCAAUUUCCGGAUGGAUUUUCCAUUUGAUCUGCAGGAGCUACCAGCAUUCGCCAUCAUUGGUAUUUCGUGUGGUUUUCUGGGAGCCUUCUUUGUCUAUCUGAAUCGUCAAGUGGUGCUGGUUAUGAGGACGCAGAAUGCACUCACCAGCUUCCUGAUAAAACACCGACUGGUUUUUCCAGCUUUUGUGACCUUUGUGAUUGCAACCUUGACCUUUCCUCCAGGAUUUGGCCAGUUCAUGGCUGGAGAGUUAAUGCCCAGAGAGUGCAUCAAUUCUCUCUUUGAUAAUUUCACCUGGACCAAAAUCUCAGGUUUCCCUCUCCCACCUGGCCUGGGGCGUUCUUCGGCCUGGCUGCACCCUCAAGUCAGUGUCUUUGUGAUCCUCAGUCUCUUCUUCAUUAUGAAGUUCUGGAUGUCUGCCGUUUCAACAACUAUGCCUAUCCCGUCUGGUGCCUUCAUGCCAGUCUUUAUUCUGGGAGCAGCUUUCGGCAGGCUGGUGGGAGAGAUCAUGGCCACCCUCUUCCCCAACGGGAUUCUGUUUGACGGAAUUGUUUACCGCAUCCUGCCGGGAGGGUAUGCCGUCAUCGGAGCAGCUGCGAUGACAGGGGCAGUGACUCACACCGUCUCCACUGCAGUGAUCUGCUUCGAGCUAACAGGACAGAUCUCUCAUAUCCUGCCCAUGAUGGUUGCAGUGAUCCUGGCCAACAUGGUGGCCCAAGGGCUGCAGCCCUCACUCUAUGACUCUAUCAUCCAGGUCAAGAAACUGCCCUAUCUGCCCGAGCUUGGCUUUGGACACAUCAGUCAGUACAACAUCUUUGUGGAGAACAUUAUGGUAAGAAAAGUGCUAUUCCUGUCUUCACGGUCAACAUACAGAGAGCUGAACAACCUGCUGCAGUCCACAUCACUCAAAACUAUUCCACUAGUUGAAUCAAAGGAGUCGAUGAUCCUUUUGGGCUCCAUUGAGCGUUCUGAACUGCAGGCUGUCUCUGACUGGUGGCUUUCUGCUGAGAGGCGGAUCCUCAGCCAGCAGCAUAGUCUUCAAGGUCAUGACAGGAGCCUGAAGUUGGCCUUUAUGGAUGAGAAGGGAGGUGAAGAGAAUGGAGAGGGCCUCCCACCACAGGAUGAGAGAAAUGGGCCUUUCCCAUCUGCCGCACCCCAAGAGCCAUCCUCCAACCACACAACUUCUGACAGUCACUCUCUAAAGACAGUCAAAAAAACCCUGCAAGGUCUAUUCUCUUCUGCUGACAGGCAGACUGAAGUUGAAACACAGGAGCCUGCUCCUCCACCCCUUGCAGAUACAAUGACACCAGAAGAGAUCAAGGCCUGGGAAAAGGCAGAAAUGGAUAAACCAAUGGGCUUUGAUCAGAUACGUAUUGACCCCUCCCCCUUCCAGCUUGUUGAAAGAACAUCCCUUCACAAGACUCACACCCUGUUCUCCUUGCUGGGCCUCAGCCAUGCCUAUGUCACCAGUAUUGGGAAACUGGUAGGAGUAGUGGCCCUGAAGGAGCUGCAAAAAGCCAUUGAGGGCUCCACUCGCAGUGGUGUAAGGUUACGCCCCCCCCUGGCCAGUUUCCGGGACGGGAGGCGCAAAUCUUCAAAGCUGCCGCAAUCUUCUUCUGCCCCAUCCUCCCCAACACGAGAGAGGGAGCGCGAGGUAUGGAGAGAAGGAAACAGGGAAAUGAAAGAGGGUGAAGGGAAUGGUGCCUGGAGCAGUGUGGAUGGGGGGACAGUGUACGGUAACAGCAACAGUGCCAACUUCUCUCCCUCCUCCCCUACGCCCAUCAUCCUUUCAUCCUUUGAUUCUGUUUUUCAACAAGAGGAGGAUGAUAAUGGAGAGAGUGAAGAGGAGCCCAUUUAGAGAAGAAGAUUUGGUAUUCUUUAACACCUUAAGUAUCACCCUUUUCUUGACAAGCUUGAAAAUGACAUAACCAAAAUAAAAUGGUUACUAUUCUUGAGCCCUUUUGACGACAGGCAUAAUGAUAUAUUCUGGAAGGUAACCCUUUGGGAUUUGUUUACCAGUAAUCAGAAUUAUUCUGGGCAUUACUACAACAAAGUUACAGAAGCUAGUGGAAGUGGAAGAUUUUUUCCUCACUGAAAAGAUUGUCUGUUUUUGAGUGGAUACAGAUUAUUGUGGCGGUGCCUGGCGCACAAUGGAGCCCAAACCAAAUCACUGGACAACUCUUUGAAAUUUGCUGACAAUAUCACCAGGCAUAUGGCAUUCAUAGUUUUUUCUAAACUAUGUGUUUUUUCCAAAAAGGACAUUUGGAAACUCCAAAAGGACACUAAAUGAUAUUAUGGGUCUUAUGAUGUGUAAAAUACUGUAUUUUGCUGACUAAGUAUACAACACUUUUUAUCAUUGUGCUCUCAGACAGCAAUAGGUUGAUGAGAUUAUAAAAAAUAAGUUAAAUAAUCACAAUAAAAUCUUGACAUACUAAUAUA